GAACGGCGAAGUGCCGAUAAUAAUGGCUGCAGAAUAAUAUGGAAUUUUGUUUAUUCUAUCAUUUCUAUAAAUUUGUGUCAUGAUUCUUGGUUAUAUGAAAUGUUUCACGGUCGAAAGACGUAUUAUGUUUACUGUGGAACACAUUUAAAGCUGCUUUUAUUCAAAUCAAUCUUCAUAUUUUUGAAAUUUUACAUCGAUUGUGGUAUUUCAACUUGCCUCUAAAGUAUCAAAUGAGAUUUCACGAAUGGGAACAUUGUUAAACGAAAAUCACUAACCUCUUCUACGCUUUAUUGACAAGAUAGACGAAGUCGAAAUGGGAAAAAUCGACGAUCAAGAAAAAUGUGAAAGAGGAAGCAAAUCUAACUUAAACAGAGAAAGUCGAAACAAAAGUGAAAAAGAUCGUCGUGAUAAAGUUAAUGCUUUCAUCAAUGAACUUGCCAACUUAGUUCCUGGCUGUGUUCCUCAAUCGAAAAAACUCGAUAAAGCUACCAUAUUGAAAAAUACCGUGGAUUUUAUGAAAGUUCAUAAUGAUUUAACUGUUGCUAUCACACGAAAAGACGCAACCUCCUGUCUUAACAGUAAUGAAAUUGGACAGUUAAUGCUCGAGGGAUACAAUUCAUUUCUUUUUGUUAUCUCCUCGUCUGGACAUUUUAAAUUUAUCUCUGAGAGUAUUUAUGAUUUGCUUGGUUACGUCAAGGAUGAUCUUUUUGAGAAGAACAUAUUUGAUUACGUUUACCCUGAGGAUAAACUUGUUUUGUUGAAUCAAGUGUCGCAAGACAAAAUAGGUAUGACAAGAAAUUCAGGGAUGUCGUCAUUUAAAAUCCGCUUCAAAGCAAAUGUACACGGCAAACCUUGUUAUGAAGUUUUACGUUGCUGUGGUAAUUUUCGUCUGCUUGACAAAGGUAUGAAAGAAAUGAAAGUUUUUUCAUGUAUGGAUAAUACGUAAUGACGAAAACAUUCAUUGAACAAUGAAAUAAUCAAAGGACUGCUUAAAGAAAGCAAGAACGGACUUUUAAUCAUCAUAAUUCUACAAAAAUGAAAUGAAAACGUUUAAAAUUAUAUGUAUACAGAAAUUUUAUUCAAUUGCAUGAAUAGUAUUGACAGAGGAUGUUUCAAAUGUAAAAAUCUUUAAAAUUUUUUAUGUAGCUAUGAC